AUGGAGACAAUGGAUGAUCAUUCAUUCUUGUUCAAGUUUGUUCCGGCCGAGGACAAGUACAUCAGCCUCCUCACUGGGGUUGUGGCAUCCGUCGUCAAGGCCUCGGUCAAUUACCAGAAGAUUGCUGAGGGAUUCUCACUUGCCCUUGUGGAAAUGAGUGAGAACCUGAGAUUUGUGCAGAAGAAAACACAAGUUGCGAACACAAAUGAAAUGCAAAGGCUUGUUGUGGCGCUAUACGUCCAAAUGUUCAAGUUCCUCUGCCACGCCAUGUCCUUCUUCCACAAACGCCACAAGAGAUUUCUGGCGUCAUUCAACAAAGGAUUCUAUGAUAAGACGGUCAAGGCCAUGGUCGACGGCAUCCAAAAGACGAUCGGCGACAUCCGCAACGAGGCACAACAUACGACUGAGCUGCGUAUCGAGCACAUGCACCAAAAAAUGAACGACAUGGAACCACUUUUGGUCAGGCUGCAACAACUUGGAGUUCAGACUCACGCGGACACCGAGCAGCAGGUCAAACGUGAAACUUGCCGCGGCAGCAGUUGGGCUUCAGAGAUUGGGAGAGAAAGCUGUACAUCAGCUUGA